GUUUCACUUGCUGCAAUUUGAAUAAACUUAUCACAAGAAGGCAUCGUAUUCAGAUGUUUGUGCGCUUUGGUCUAGUAGUGGGGGAGGGUUUUUGAGAAGCCACCAGGAUAUGCCUUCCCUUACGCACUCUACAGCGGCAGAGCUCUCCCCAAAUACAAAAUGCAGCUUGUAAUUCUACGAAGGGAAAAAAUAUAUAGAUAUAUAGAUAGUGUGCAGUGAACCCUGUAAACGUCUUUGCUUUGAAAUACAAAUUCGAGGCCCAACUGUCCAAAAACCAAUCGAGAAUAAACCCAGCAUCAUCACUUUCCUGAACUCGACUGAAGAGAAAUUUUUUUUUAUUUUUUUAAUUUUUUAAUUUUUAUUUUUGGAGUAGGAGUUUGCAGUUUAUGUGCGUUUACUCUUAAUUAUGUUAACAAUUGGGAUUGCGUACUUGACCUCUGGAUGGUGCUGGAAAACCUGGUUGUGAUAAAAUUUCCACCACCACUCAUUCGAUAAAAUGCCCCACUGACUGAAUCUGAGCUUUGAUGUUACAGGUUUGAUUUCAAAGAAGAAAGCAAAGAACCAACUUGCAGUUAUUUGGGAAAUAAGCGAUGAUCUUCUGGAUUCUGGGAAGGACUAUCACAUUGUAAAGGACUUUUCGAUGGCCUACAAACAUGUACAAAAACUUCUCUAUGCCCCAUUGCAUCUUAAUCACAAGCCAAGUGGAGUGUGGCAUUAUCACUACUCAAAGGAAUCCCAUGAGGAGAUUUUGCCUUCUGAUUGGUAUGUGAAGGCAUUUCCGAAGAUAACAAGAUUGUCCCACCAGCUGAAAGACGUGGAUUUGAUUGAUGGAAGACUAGUUUACAUAGAUGAUAAUUCAAGAAUCAUUGAUGAUCAAGUCAAAGAAAGAAUGUAUGCUUUCAAGUCACUGGCUAGGGCAUUCCUAGGGUCUGCAUCAAUGCAGGAAUCACUGAACAAUGUGAUGUCCUCUUCCGCAGGUGGAGAAUGUUCUCCAGUUGUUUGUUUCAAUAAACAGAUUGAAAGAGAGCCCAUUACUAUAAAGUCACUCACCAAAGUGUGCCACUUUCUAAACAUUUCUGCACAACAAAGGAAGUUUGUGCGUCUCACGAUAUGCCCACAGGUCACACAACACCGGGUAUGGACAGGAGCACUAGAGGAAAUACUAAGGGGCUUGAAAUCUGAUAUGGAGUCUUUGAAUCAUCAGUUGUUCAGCCAAGGUACCCAGAUGGGUCACCAAAUACUCUCUAGCUGUCUAAAGUUUUUGGAUGACAAAGCCAUUUCCUAUGACCCUGACUCCACUUCGUGGAUGCGCCUUGCACCUGCCAAAAUAGUUGAUUCCCCUGCUAAUAAAUGGGAAGAAGUUCUUGAUAUGUUUAAUGAUCUCAUCAAAUCUUUAAGAAAUGAAGAAGAGUUACAGUUUCAUGUGUCAAAGCUUGAGGUCAUGAAAGAAGGGCUUGCUCAGAUCAAGGAUGUGUUAAUAGAUAGAAAUAUUGGGUACAAGGAGGCUCGACAUCAAGAGAGCCUAGUGCAAAAGAAGCUUUCCAAGACAUUAGGUCAUUCAUCCAGAUGUUUGUUCACACUUCUGCAAUAUUACCUCUGUGGCAGUAUUACAGAUAUUGAAGUAGAAAUAUGUGGCGGGGUUUAUGGGGUAGGGAUGGAUAGGUAUUGCUUGUGCAUGGGAAGGAUUUUAACUUCUAACCAGGAGAAGAUGGUUUUGAAUGGGGUUAAGCAGUUGGACAGGGCUCUAGGGCUUUUCAAGUUUAUAUGGGAGACAGCAAGGAUGAAAGGAGUUUUAGAGCUGCAAGGCCAUUUAUGGUGCGUUGGUGCGGAGAAGAAGACAAUUGCAUAUAAAGGAAAUAAGUUUUUUGUACAUGCAAUUACUCUCUGAUCAAAGGACUGCAGGAUGGAGUUCGAAGAGCAUUUUACUAUUAGACAAUGGAUGAUGAUCACUGAAAGCUAGUAAAAAAUCCAGGUCAACUAUUGGAAGCUAAAAAUCGACAUUACUCUGUAAUCUGGGCGUAACUUUCUCAUCCAAGCUCCAAUCGAGACAAUUCAAAAUUCUGGGGAAAGCUAAAGAAGUGCUCUAUGACUUUCAUGUUUUGAGUUUUGAGAGAUACGUACUUUAGGAAGGUCAAAAUCCCUUUUAUUCGCUGGCAAAGAACAAAAGAAGAAAAAAGAAGAAACAAUACAAGAAAAAAAAUAUAAAAAAAUAAAUAUUUUGGUU